UCUCGCGCCGACAUCGUGCCUUGCUCCAACCUUUUUUCUCUUACACAAGCAAGAUGGCGCCCACAUUUACUAUAGACGACACCAACGAUCUGGAUGUCACCGUUAACUCGAGCAAAAUGAACGCCAAGUCCGGCACGCGCACGCUUCUCCUUGCCCCUCCUUCGAUAGCAGCACAUCCUGAGGCGCUCAACCGUGUGGUAGAAGCCCAUGACAGAGUCCAUACAGACAUUCAGAUGCUUGACAGAUUGGCCAUGGGCCUUGUUACUCUGCCGCCCGCGACGUAUGACGUUAUCCUCCUUCUCACAAACGCAGACGGCUCCCGUCCACAGCUCGUCGAUCGAACCGUCAUGAACAAACUCUUCGAAGCAUUGAAGACAAAUGGCAAGCUCAAGAGUCAGGAUGGCAAGCUCGGCCUCACAGAUGGCCCCGAGAAGACCGAGGGGAUCUUGGCCGGACUGAUAAUCAGCGACGAUGGCUUUAAGAAGCCAGACAUUGGGGGAACUGGCGCAGUCCCUCUUCGAUUUGGACGGAAGAAUGGCGCAGCAAAAGCCAAUGCAGACGGCUCUGUGCCACUCUCACUUAACGGAAAGAGGAAGAGCUUGGAAAUCUCCAAGGAUGCGGCGAAGCCAGUGCAGCCUGCAGGCGUUGGAUUCGUCGACUUCAGCGACGACUUGGACGAACUCGUGACCGGAGACGACGAUGACCUGAUUGACGAAGAUGAGCUGCUCACGGCCGACGACUUAGCCAAUCCAAUCAUACAGCCACCAGAAUGUCGACCCAAAGCGGGCAAGCGACGUCGCGCUUGUAAAGACUGCACUUGUGGUCUGAAGGAGAAACUUGAAGCCGAGGAUGCCGCCAAACGUGAUGCAGCGGACAAGGCAUUGAAGACAAUGAAGCUAGGCGCGGAUGAACUGGCAGAAGUGGACUUUACGGUGCAGGGCAAGGUGGGCAGCUGCGGAAACUGCGCACUGGGAGAUGCCUUCAGAUGUGACGGCUGCCCCUACAUUGGACUGCCCGCGUUCAAACCCGGGGAGGAAGUCAGACUUUUGAACAACGAGGUGCAACUCUAGAAGCGGCGAGAUUGUCAGGCACGUUGCAGCUUCAUUCUGCGAAAGAUGCUUGGAUAGACAGAGUCUCGAUCCCCCCACAGAGAUGUAUAGGCUUUUUCCGCACCGCUGCGGGCGUCAGCGUCAAGAAGAAUCCCCAAUGACGGACACAAUAGAUCAUGUUGGCUAGAUCUCUACUAGUUCUUUGAAUUGUGGAACGGCGUGCAUGUUUUAAAACUCGAUGCCGUAGGUGUAUUUUUACAUUCAGAUCUAGAUGUCUAAAUGCAGCUCUACUUGUGAUAUGACACAUCGUUAUCGAUGCAACUGACUAUCCAAUCAAUUCAUGCCGAUCCUCUGGGUUGGGCCA